CUUCGGCUGUCAGUCAACAGUGAGGCGGGAGCAGGAACAUUCCUCACUGAUGGAAGAAAAGAGAAAGUUUCCAAGAUGGCCGGACAGAGCUGCCUGUUCGCAGGGAAACAAUAGAAGCAGGGAGGAGGGACGCGGUUAGCCUGUGCUGUGGCUCGCUCUGAAUCUCUCAUUCCCCGACUCGGGCUCGGUCAUAGAGAAGGAGGAAUAUCCGCUGCGGUGAUUCGAAGCCACUUAAAGUAUGAGGAUUUAUUUAAAUGAUUCAGGCCCGUCGACCCAUAACACAGCGGCUAACGGCUACAGGGAGGCGGAGGAUCAGCUGCUGUUCGCCGGACAGAUGCUUUAGGGAGAGCGGACUGCUACAUUUUCACAUGAGUGCCGCUGCGACUGAAGGCCGUUAGAGACAAAGGUCGCCUCCAUGGAGCCAGCACAGGAGUCUUUGUAAAGGGCCAGGGGGGUGUAUAGACGCCCAGAGUGACAGAGAGCCAUAAUCUGCAUUUUAUGGACGAAACCUGAGGCGGGAGUUCACUGCAGGUCUUUAUUGAUGAUGGCGGAUUUUGUUACACCGCGACACAGCGCGGUGAUGGAGCGGCUCCGCCGGAGGAUCGAACUCUUCCGGCAGCAUCACAACAACUGCGAAACCCGCUACGACGGCGCCACGCCGGAGCGGCUGGAGCUGGACCGGCAGCACACCAUCAGCCUGCACCAGCGGCUGCUGCAGAACAAGGCCAAGCGGGCCAGCAAGCACCGGCAGCCGCAGCCCAGCGCGGAGCAGGACGCCCAGCGGGCGCCGGGUGUCGGCGCGGAGGGCGGCGGGACGGCGGCGGAGCAGAGCCGGAACACAACCCGGCAGGUGGUGAGUCCGAUUCACACGCUGCAUGGGCACUACGGGGGAAGUAUUACUGGCUGGUUCUGGUUCUGGUUCUGCUGCAGCGGACCUGAAUCCGUCUCCUUUCUGUCGCAGGAUCAGAACUUCUCGGCUCCUCCUCACGUUUCGGGUCCGGCCAACUCCAUGACCUCCGGCCCCGGGAACAACGCCAUGGCGGCAGCGGGGCAGGCGCCCAACGCCAUGGCGGGUAACCAUGGCAACGCGGCCUUCCUGAGAGACCCGAUGGCGGCGCUGAAGCAGCAGCAGAUGCUGGAGCAGCAGAAGAAGCAGCAGCAGCAGUUCAUGCAGAGGCAGCUGCUGGCCGAACAGGAGAAGCAGCGCCAGGACCAGCAGCUGCAGCGACACCUGACCCGACCGCCGCCGCAGUACCAGGACCAGCCGGGUCCGGCUGCCGGCCAGAACCCGUUCCCCCAGCAGAACGUCGGACCGUUCACAGGUUCCUCUCAGCCAAUCAGCAACAUGGGCUCCAUGGGAAGCCCCGCCCCCAGCGCCCGCAUGUUCCCCCAGAACCAGGGCAUGAUGGGAAUGAGCAUGGCGCAGGGGGCGGGGCCCAGCGGCAGCGUGGCCACGCCCCCUGCGGCCAGUCAGGCCGACAUCAGCCUGCCGUCUUGUGGAGGGGGCGGGGCCAGCGUGGACUCGCUGUACGGCGGCAUGACCCUUCACCCCGGCCAGCAGUGCCAGCCGCUGGGCCCCAUGGGCGCCCCCUACAGGCAGCUGCCGCAGCAGCAGCAGCUGCUCAAGCCGCCCGGCGCCGCCAUGCUGAAGCAGCAGCAGCUGACCGCCACGCGCAUGCAGGCGGGCGGGAUGGGCGGAGCCAUGGCGGGCACCGCCUGGCAGCAGCAGCCGGCCGGCGCCGCCACGCUGCACGCAAACGCCUUCGCCGCCAACGCCUUCCACAUGCAGCACCCACGCAUCCCCAAGAUGGCCGCUGGCUCCACCUCCUUCGGUGGGCGCGCCGUGCCGGGCCUCAACCAGCAGAUGAUGCAGACUAACAUGGCCGCCCAGCAGAGGGUGCCGCCGGCCACUCAGACUCAGCAGCAGCCAGCCAAUCAGAGCGCUCCGGUGCUGCCGGACCUGGCGGCGUACGGACCGCCGCAGGCCGGCGGGCGCCAGGCGCUGCCGUGUAACCAAGGUUACCAGGUGAGCCGCGGCGGCGGGCAGCAGCAGCAGCAGCUGUCGUUCGGCUACAACGCGGCGGCGGGAAGCUUCGCCGCCGAGAGCGAGCUGGUCGACUCGCUGCUGAAGGGCCAGAGCACGCAGGAGUGGAUGGCCGACCUGGACGAGCUGCUGGCCGGACACACAUAGGCCUGGUCCUGACCCGGUUCUGGUUCUGUUUCUGGUUCUGACAGGAAGUGCGCGGCUGUUUGCUUACAGGCUGACAGUCGGUUGGUCCUGACCUCUGAACUGAAACCAGCAGUGGAGCGAUUCUCCUGGUAGGACCGGACCAGACCAGAACCGUCUCAUCAUCAUGCGACUCCAGCUCUUGACUGGACAAACAGGAAAACAGCAUUAAAGGUUUAGAUUACAUCACUUCCUGUUCUCAAAGCCACGCCCCUUCUGGCUUACGUUUCAGUUUGGAAAAACCAUCAUGGAGGUCAGAGGUGUUCUGAUGUCACAGCAGACGAACCAAUCAGAGACCAGAACCAGCCAGACUGUGGUUCUGCUCUCUGAUUGGUUCGUUCUGGUAACCAGUCAGAGAGCAGGUCUAAUGUUUUGUUGGUUCUGACUGGAGAGCAGAACUCGUUCAUUUUCCUUCCCAUUGAUCAGUUAUUGGGUCUGAAUCAGUUUCAUGACAUAUUUAUUGAUCCCUGCUGAUGACAUCAUCGACUCGUCAGAACCAUCCAGAACCCGACCCGGGUCUUUCACCAGGCGCCCCAGAAGUUUGAUCCACUUCCUGUCCAAUCCCAGCUCUGGUUCCCAGGUGUGUUGAUGACAUCAUCACUGCGCUACGGCCAGAGAUCAGGAACUGUUCCCAGGAUGACUUCCUGUUCCUGGAUGUUGGCGCUUCCUGGUUCUGCCAGGCGUGUAAAUCUGACGGAGUACUACUGAACCACUGGACUGCCCCCCACCCCCGGCCCGCUGUGGCGGCCAUCUUGUUCCUCCUCUCUGCCUCCAAGCUGAAGCUUCAUUUUCAUACUGUAGGGAAAUUUAUGGAAACAACAACAGUUGGUUCUGUUUAUGCAAAGCUGCUCCUUCCUGGAUGUUUCCGUGGCGAUCACUCUGCAUUAAUGAAGCUCUGCAGGAAAUGCAGCCUGAACCCCGAGUCCGGUCUGCCAGGCCGCAGAUUAUGAUCUGACCUUCAGCGUCUAAUCCAGCAGAAAAACCCAGUAAAUGUGUUAAUCUGCUGCAGGUUCAGGUCAGGAAGUGAAGCGGUUCUGAUCCAGAUCAGGAUGGCCAGCAUCACCUCGGGAUGUUUCCAGUUCUGGUCGGUUCUGACCUCUGACACCGACAGCGUGGGAUUAUCUACUGUACUGUUUCCAUGUGUGCGGUUGGGUUUGGCUCGGUUCUGCCGCCUCUGGGCCCAAACGGCUCUCUGUAAAUGUCUAUAAAUAUAUUUUUGUUAUGUAAACCUUUCCUAAUGAUCUGGAGAAGAUAGAAGUUAUUUUUAUAUAUUGCAGCUGAAUUUUGUAAGUAUUUUAUACUUUUGAUAUGGUUCUCUGUAAAACAAGAGUAUUAUGUAAAUAUAGUUCUCUAGAAACAAAUCUGC